CCCGCAUGUGCUGUUGGCGCAGCAGCUGGGGCUGGCGCUCCCUGGUCCGGCAGCUGGAGGAGGGGGAGGGGGUAUCGGCGCCAAUGCGGGCCCCUCCUCGCCCUCGCCCUCCUCCUGGGGCGGCAGGAGGGAGCCGCACUUGAACUUCAUCACACAGCUCACGGCGCUGCAGGUCCUCACCAUCGAGCCGCUCUCCACGCGCGGCCUGGUCUUCUCCUGCCUGGGGCAGCUGCGGGCGCUGCGGGCGCUGAGGCUGGGGGGCUGCAUCGAGCUGUCGCAGGAGGGGCUGGAGAGGGUCAAGCGCGCCUCGCUGCCGCAGCUUCGCAGUUUGCGGAUGAUGGGCUGCCAGUGGGGUUCGGUGGAGCCUUGGUCCCUGCUGCAGUCCCUGCCGCUGCUGAGCCCCCGCCUGGAGCAGCUGGAGCUGGGCGCCGCUCCCCGCCUCACCGCCGCCCGCCUGGCGGGGGCGCUGCGGGGGCUGCCGGGGCUGCGGCAGGUCCGGCUGCACGGCCCGGACAUGUCGCAGCAGGAGGCCAUGCAGGAGCCUGGCCUGGUGUCCGGAGAUCUCCGCUUCCUCAGCUGUGUGGCGCCCUCGCCCGCCUCCUCCGCUCCCACCUCCCCC